AUGCGAGGCAUGUGCCCGUCUGGAGAGGACAAAAGCAUCAAGGAGUGUCAAAUAAUCGACCGGCCUACUCACCUUGCACUCUGCAAAUCGUUCGCGCAAUUCAAGUAUCACCCACGUCCAUCUGUACGCCGUGCGAUCUACUUUCCUGCCCAAGGUUCGGAGCCCAAGUUUGUCUGGCUUGAAAUGGACAAGCGAUACGCCUACCGCCAUCCCGACCUUGCAGCUAUGCGAAAGACCUUUUUUGCCAACUCGAAAGACUACCUAUGGCCUAUUCCUGUCACUGAAGACCUUGUUCGCCUGAAGAGAGUUUCUCCUCAAAUCAUGCUGGGCUGCAGCUCCAGUCCUGCUUCUUUUGACGCGCCGCUCAAUUCCUGUAUCACGAAGUUGAUUGGUGGCACAUAUCACAGCUGGAAAGGUUCUGUACUGGCUUAUGGCUACUUUCAAUCCGAUCACGACGACGAAGAGCACACCGUCUGCACCGAUCUCGAUACCACGGGACUUACGCCUAUCAACAACUGGUUUUUGGGGCGCCCUGAACCUGAGAGAAAGAUGCUUGGUGCGUACAUUCGCAGCGAUAAGGAUAAGCGCAAACAUGGUUCUCAGUUCGGCCAAGCUAUCAUGACGCCUUCAGAUGAUUUCUCCAACGGAACCAUGGGCUACGAAUCUCAGCUCUCUAAGCUGUUCGGUAUGCCUCUGGUUAUCUUGACUCCGACACUCAAGCAGCUCGAUGGAAUCCAAGAUCCUGAUCGCAAGCAAGAAAUGCGUCGCCAGAUGCUUCAAAAAUUCGGCAACACCAUGGCCAGUCUCCUCUUGGUCGAUAUCGGUAAUCGCAGAAGCUCUCCAGCGGAGCACUUUGGAAGAGUCCCUGAGCACUUCCUCGCUCAAAACCUCGGAAGCACCGUAGUGGUCCGCAAAGAUGGCAAGACCUUGACGCCAGCCUAUCUCGAGGCCUUCUGCUCCUGGAUUCACGAAGACCUUCUUCCCAAGUUUGCAGACGCUCACAAUGAAAUCAUGUACGAGCUCGCCAAGGAUCUCGAUGACGACGACCCCAAGGCACACCGACGUGGAUCAGACUUGUUCAAAUUGAGGAAGAAGAUGUGGGACCGUAUCAGCAGAGCAAGAUUCUAUGCGUGGUGCAAGGACAAAGAUUUGAAGUUGGUGCAUAACUAG